GACCAAGGCGAAGGCCAUCGUAUAAACCUAACCUCCCCGCCCCCUCGGAAAUAUUAUUUUCUUGGCUAAUUUUGACAACAAAUGAAGAGCCUAAAGACCCCCACCAAAACCAAAGUCGCCCGUUCCACCCCCACCAAGUCCCAAGGUGCCUCGAAUACGCCCAAGUCACACACUAGAAGUACCAAGCGUCGUCGUCCAGAGGAAGACACCAGUAACACCUACUCGAACGAAGACGAAUCGGAAUCGUCUAGCUCCAGUGACAUCAGUAGAACCAGUAAGACCAGUGAGACUAGUGAGAUAGGUUCCCGCGUCUCUUCCAACGACGUCUCGUUUGACGCCUCUACCACCACCAAAAUCACCUCCGCCGAGAAGAAGCUAGAAAGAGAGAAGAAGCGUAUUAAGAGCAUCAAGUCGAAGGUAAAGGCCUUAAAGCGGGAGAAGGCAAAGGAAAAGAAGAAGAAGAACAAGAAGAACAAGAAGACCAAGAAGACCAAGGGUGAGAAAAUCAGACAACGAGCCAUCGAUAAGGCCAACGAGGAUAUAGAGAUCUACUCUACUCCCACCAAGAAGCCCAAAAAGGCUUGACUUAAAAGUUAGGAUGCUACUGCAGUGGCUGAUCGAGUUCGUUUACCUCCUCGAACCAGACCUCGUACAUAAGAUUCUUAGAAUUAAC